AUGUCUUUUCUAAAUUAUCUCACAAGCUUAGGUAUUUUUACUACUUGUGGUAAAAGUGUCACCUACCACUUGACAGCAUGGCAGAUUGUGUCCUUUUUUUCUUUCCAUGUUUCUUUUUCUUAUUCUCUUUUUAUUUUAUUUUCUGUGACUUCUUUUUUCUUUCUUUUUUUUAAUUUUCUUAUUUUACAUUUCUUCUUUUCACACUUCUUUUAUUUCUUCUUUUUUCUGCAUUUCUUUUUUUCUUCUGUUCCAUCUUUUGCUCUGUUCUUUCUUUCUUUUUCUGUCUCUUCUUGCUUUCCAUUUCUUCUUUUCUCUUUUCUUUCUUUUCUUCUUCUACUGCAUGUUUCUUUUUACACUCUACUUCCUUUUUUUCCUAAUAUUUUUCUUUUUAUUCAUGUUUAUUCUUUUAUCUCUUUUUUUCAGUAUACUUUUUUAUUUUUUUUAUUUUCACUUUUGUUUUUUCCAUUAUUUUCUUGUUUUCUUUUCAUUCCUUUUCUUCUUUUCUUUUAUUCCCUGAUUUUUCUUUUAUUUUUCACUCUUCCCUCAUUUUUUUACUAUUUUUCUUUCCUUUUUCAUUUUCUCAUUAAUUCUUCUUUUAUUAUUCUUUAUUUUUCAUUCUUUUUCCUUUUUUUAUUUCCAAUAUAUAUUUCUUUGUUUUUUUUUCACUUUUUCUUUUUUCUUUUCAUUCUUCUUUUUUCUUUUUUGCUUUCUUUCCUUUCAUUCUUUAUUUAUACUUUUUCUUUUCUUUUUUCUCAUCAUUUUUCUCUUUUUUUCAUCCUUUCUUUUCCUAUUUUAUAUAUUAUUUUUCUUUUCUCUCCUCUUUUUCUUUCUUUUCAGCCUACUUUUUUCUUUGCUUCUUUUUUCCUUUGCUUCUUUUUUCCUUUGUUAUUCAUGUAUUUUUUCUCUUUUCACUUUUUUGCUUUUUUCUUUUUUCCUUCAUUAUUUUUGCUUUAUUUUCUUUCUUAUCUCAUCCUAUUUUUCAGUUCAUACUUCUUUUUUCUAUCUUUAUUUUUCUCUCUUUCUUAUUUAUUUAUGGCUUUAAAUUUGUUCUUCUAUAUUCCUUUCAUAUUUUUCAUUUCUUUGUUCUUAGGUUUUAAUAUAAGUGCAUUUGACAUUCUUUCAGUAUUGAAAGCUUCUUACACAGGGUCUACCCUUGACACCAGAUCUCUCACUGCUGACCAUUGUCAUAUCAGUAGUGAACUAAAUUUGUGUAACAACAAAAAUCAGGAAGGUUUAUCAUUCACAAUGAUUCUUCUCUUUCAGUGUACAAUAGCAUAA